ACUGAAACGCUUUCUAUUUACUUGUAUGUCAAUAACCUUAUUGAAAAUAAUUAUGUACAAAUAACACGUAUGUGUGUGUGUUUGUAUUAAUUAUAUCACACUGAGUUAUUUACUAAUUACCCACUGGGAAAAAGAAAAGCCUUGAAAGUUAAAGUUUUUCUUUCUGCUUGGAAGCUGAGGCUUUUUUUUUUCUUCUGAAGAUAAACUCCUUCACGUGACUGCUUGGUCAAAGUUCUUUAAGUUUAAGUACCGAAAUAUCGUAUAAUAGUCAGCCAGUCAUUAAAACAAUUACAUUGUAUCCGUUAAUAGUAGACUAGCGUUGUUGAACAGUAAGAUACGAUCUACACGUUGGUUUUACUGAUAUUUCAUCAUGGCUUCUCACGAUAAAGUAGUGCAUCUUGCUAGUGGUCAAAAUGUACCCAUUAUUGGACUGGGAACAUGGAAGUCUCCACCAGGAAAAGUGAAACAAGCUGUCAUAGAUGCUAUUGAUGCUGGAUAUCGUCAAAUUGACAGUGCAUUAGUGUAUGGGAAUGAAAGUGAAGUGGGUGCUGGGUUAAAGGAGAAGAUAAGUGAUGGAACUAUAACCCGAGAGGAUGUUUUCAUUAUUGACAAGUGUUGGAAUACCUUUCAUAAGAGAGAACGAGUAGUUGAAUGCUGCAAAUUAUCUUUGAAGAAUUUGGGGCUUGAAUAUCUGGAUCUGUAUCUUAUACACUGGCCGCUUGGCUACAAGGUAUGAUUAAUAUA